AUGGCGUAUCGGACGAGCAGAUAUACCGAAACGUCCCUUCACGACCUAGUCAGGACCAUCGAGGGGUCGCUCGGCAAGAAAGAGUCCACCCUGUGCGCCUUUCUCGACAUUGAAGGAGCCUUCGACAAUACCUCCUUCGAUGUAAUCUGCUCAGCGGCUAGACGUUUCCAAGUGAACGACACCAUCGUCGACUGUCUUCGCCGCAUGCUGAGCACCAGGACCAUCACGACCAGUCUCAACGGGAUUGAGAUCAAGGCCCUAGUCGUGGUCGACGGGCUCCUCGUACAACUCGAAGAGCUGGGCGUGAAAGUGGUAGAUUUUGCGGACGACAUCUGCAUAGCUGUUGUCGGAAAUCACCCGGGCAGGAUCGCUAGUAAAAUGCAGACUGCUCUGGACAAGGUAGAAAGGCGGUGCCUUGCUCAGAAUUUAAGGGUUAACCCCACUAAGACUGUGCUGGUGCUGUUCACAAGAAAAAGGAACCUCACACUGAGGCCUCCCACAGUAUACGGCGUAGAACUCAAACUCUCCAGGGAGGUCCGAUAUCUCGGAGUUACCCUGAACAGUAGACUCACGUGGAAAAACCACAUCACCAGACAGGCACAAAAGGCAACGGCUACCUUCUGGGCCUGUAGGAGGAUGUUUGGACAAACCUGGAGACUGAAACCAGAAAUGGUAAAAUGGCUACAUAACGCCAUAUUAGUCCCCCAACUUUGCUACGUUUCCAUUGUUUGGUGGCCCCCGCUGAGUCGAGGCACGAACAGGAAGACAUUGGACAGGGUGUUCAAGUUGUCGCUGUUGGGUAUCACAGGUGCGUUCAGGACCACCCCAACAGUGGCAAUGUGCGCCCUGCUAAAUCUGCCACCACCGCAUGUUACGGCGAUGGCAGAGGCAAGAAAUACAGCUUGCAGCCUGCACGUGAGUGGAAAAUGGAUUAGGGCCAGGCAGGGUCAUGCGAGCAUCCUUCAACAGCCUGAGGACCUCCACGAGGUACUCAGCCUCGGGGCUGAUCGCUGCCCGACGGCCCACGUAUUCCAGCACCAGUUUACAGUCCGAUACCCCAGCAGACAAACAUGGGCGGAACGCGAAGAGGAAGGACUGUCCCCGGGAGGGCUAGUCUGGUUCACAGACGGGGCCAAAUCGGUGACAGGAGCAGGUGCGGGGGUAUGGUGCGGAGGGCCCAGGAUGGAGCUAUCAUUCCACCUUGGCCCGUCUACAUCCGUAGUCCAAGCAGAAAUGUUUGCGAUCUGGGCCUGCGCCAGAGCGAUCCUGGAAAAGGGAUACAGACGCAAGCACAUUCAUAUAUGCAGCGACAGUAUGGUUGCGCUGAGGGCGCUAACUAAAGUAGGUGUGACCUCAGCGACAACAAAAAGCUGUGUAGAUCUGUUGCCCCAGCUUGUCAGGGACAACAGGGUGAAUCUCAUCUGGGUGCCGGGGCACGCCGGCAUACGAGGGAACGAGAAAGCACACGAUCUAGCCAGACAAGAGACCAGAGGGACCGAGAGUGCGAUCGUGUGCUCCGUUUACAAGCUUCAUUUACGGCUUUUUGUAAACCUGCUAGGCCGCAUUUAUAUAUAA